AUGGCUGAUCUCGGUGCUCCCCGCCUCCUGCUGCUCUUCACCAACAUUGUCUGUUUAGCCAAAUCUGAGACAAGCGCCGCAGCUCCACAGUGUUCUUACAGUGUUAGAGCGAUCCGGUUUGGAUUCCAGUUUAAGAUGACCAGUUUCCCCACUGGUCGCUACACGAUAAGCGUUGGUGAGGAAGGAAGUCCAACAACUGACAAGAUUGUCAACAUUCCUUCCUCUAAUAAAAACCCAACGCAUGAAAUCCAACGUCUGAAGCCCUGCACUGAAUAUGAGCAUAAGGUCGCGCUGCUUGACAAUAAUGGUACAGAAAUAUUCUGCAGCGGCUCUGGAGGAAAAGCAAAAACACUCAGCAUGAAUGAACAAGACAUCACAAACAGCCCCUGCAUCCCGGGAUACGUCUGCUACCAAAGUGGCUGGAACAUCAGCUCCUCGGUUUCUGCACCAAACCGAACUGAACAGUUCAGAGACGGGACGUUUGGUUUUAAACUGGCUGAAGACGACAUCUGCUCAAACUUUACUGUCAGUUUUUACCAAGAUAACUGCAGCAACUCCUCCUUUAACCUGACCCGAUACAUUCCUGCCGAUCACAUAAAUCCAAAUGAGAUGAAUCAGACUAAACACAAUCGCCUUCCUGCAGAGAUAGAAACAAAACUGCCUCCAAACUGUAAGAAUCUCAGCAUUGAGUACACCUGCUCAGAAAGUGGAAAAGUCGGGGAAUCCAUUCAGCUCUCUAAUCUGGAGCCGUUUACAGAUUACAGCUGCACUGGUCUGAUCAAGAACAACAAUGUUUCCAUCAACAAAAUAACUCCAGCUGUCCAGCUCAACGUUACCUGUGAUUUUACGAUAACUCCCAGUAAUAUAUAUGAAAACGAAAGUUUAGCUGUGGGGUGGUGGGAAACAACCAGUGAGAAAUGCGGAGCCGUUCUUCCUAAUCUAGAGAAGCUUUCUUACAAAUGCACCUUUCAGGAAAUUGAUGGAGAUGCAAAGGUCCAUGGCAAGACAGCGCGACAGCCUCGUGGAGGAUUAUGUAAAACUUAUGAACUUAAAAGAUACACCAAAUAUAUUAUUGAAGUCUACGUCGUCUAUAACAACAAGAACGCUUCCCAAGGACUAAAACUCAGAGCACAAACAAAUCCCGGAGUGCCAGAUAAAGUUCAACAACUGAAAGUCCACCUCAUAAAGCACAAUGUGAUCAGAGUAACUUGCUCCCCGCCAGUCGGUGGAUUUAAAGGACCAAAGAAAAUUUACAUCGUUCGUCUCAUUGGUGACAGAGAAGUAAAGAAAACUGCUGAGUGUCGUUUUGAAAUCGGAGAUCUGAGCUACCGCACAUCCUACACAGUCCAGGUGGUUGCCUUCAAUGGGGUGUUUGAGAGUGAAGCUGAAACAGCAAACGUUUCCACUCGCUACAAUGACAAAGCUCUUAGUGGCAUUUUGAUCUUCAUCCUCAUCAUUCUCAUCAUCAUACUUGUAGCGCUGCGUCUGGCAGUCUUCAUCAAAAAGCGAAAGAAGUCAAAGAAUGUUACUAAAGAAGAAGUUGUGCUCACAUCAAGAGCGAAGGCUUACAUAUGAAGACACCGUGGCGCUGAAGACCAAUUCAUCAUUUGCUGUCUGUGCUUGAAUAUCAAGAAAUUCAAAACAUCCACGCCAAAAUUUCCCAGAUUUUGAUUUUAAUGUUUGGUAAUAUAUAUAUUCUUUGAUUCAGAUGUUUACAGCUGUCUAUAGCUGCGGUUGUUACUAAAUGCAUCUAUCUGCUGCUAUAGAUGCAUAUGUUGUUUAUCGCUGUGGUUUCUCUGUUCUCUUUGUUUCUCUUUUUCUGCAGGUGUAGAAUCAAAUAAAUAAAAGACGCA